GUGGCAAAAGAAGAAAAAUCCAGAGCUUUCAAUUCCAUGCCCCAUGGAUACUUCUACCCCUGCAGAGUGUACUCUACAGCCUCCAGAGAUCCCACUUUCAGAAAUCCCACCUUCGCCACCACCAGAGAGUGCUUCCUCCUCGAUAAACUCCCCUCUAUCCUCUCCCACGCCGGAGAUGUUAGAUCGUCUCGAUCAUGAUGAUCUAGAUAUCGAUCAAACCGAGAAAACGAUUGAGGAAACGGUCGAAGAAACGGCCGAAGAAACAACAGACUAUCCAGAAUUUCGUACCCGGGCAAAGCUACAAUAUAUGGUUAACGCUCUAGAGCAUAUUUCAUGGAGUACAGAGUCAUUCUUACGUGCAUGGAUAAACUCCCCGGUCCAACUUCGACACAAGAAAUAUCAUUCAAGAGAGAAACGUCAGGAAUAUUUCCUAGGAACAAUAGACAGGCUAAAACUUAAGCGCCAGCUCUACGAUCCAGCUAUCCUUAUGGAAGAACUGACCAGGCUGGUGAAAAAGCAAUAUUUUGACCAAUUCGAUCUUCAUGCUACAAUUGAGGACAUCGAUUUUAAUCAAGCUACCAAGACAAUAAAGAAAACGGCACCUAGAUGGUACCGAUUCAUCUGGAAUUGUCUGGUCAAUUCACGCUUUUCUAAAUCCAGUUAUCAAAGCGCUACAAACGUCGAUUAUGUGACUGCCAAGUAUUGCAAGGUUCUCUUCUUUAUAACUUGUGUUGUCUGUCAUUCAAAGAGCUCCAAACACAUCCAAUUCUAUGGCGUCAAUACUCAAUGUCUAUCUCCAGGGCUCGGGGGUGAAACGACAGGUGGUUGAAACACUUGCUGAACUGGGUAUAUGUCAAUCUUAUACCCACGGAAAUAAUCUCCUCAAGAAGAUAGCUAAAAGCCAGGCGGCCUAGUCUUCAAUCUACCGCAUGUUCAACUAUGAAAUUUUCAUGCUAUUCUAUAACUAGUUCGUAAAGCAACUAUAGUUAGUAGUUGACUAGGAACAAAUGCUUAGUCAUAUUACUGAA